GGUUUCGAGAAGAAAAUGACAAUUUUUUUUUCUGUGGUUUGAUUAGUAGGGGUCAUGCUUCGCGGCAACUAAAAUUCGACAGAUCAGAAAGAGAAGGCUACUUGUAGUUUGUUGCGGUCUCAAUCUGAAAUUUCAUUCUCGUGUAACUAGGGUUUCAAAUUUAAUUCAUUCAUCGUUGUCUCAGCACUCUCGACGAAUUACAAUGCGUUAAAUUUGUGUUCGGCAAUUAGUUAUCUAUGUCACUGUCAAAAAUUCAGCAUCGCGUUUUCUUCCUGAUAUUUGUUUAUUGAAAGGUGAGAUGCCUCUCUAAGUAGGGAAGCUCAACUCUGCAUCAGUGUCAAAAAGGUAUCAACCUAUUAUGGGUGCACCAAAGCAGAAGUGGACAUCAGAAGAAGAAGCUGCCCUUAAAGCAGGUGUUGCUAAGUAUGGGGUUGGCAAGUGGAGCACCAUAAUCAAAGAUCCAGAGUUUUCUGAUAUUUUGCGUUCUCGUUCAAAUGUGGACCUAAAGGAUAAAUGGAGAAAUCUACAUGUUAUGGCAUGUGGGUGGGGUUCUAGGCAGCCAGGGAGGAUUGGGUAUAAAAGCAUUCAGCCAACAGUGAAGCAUGUCGAUAAUGCCUUGGAAAUUAGCACUGUGGUUGAGAAUGGUAUAGAAGUUCUUGAUGCCAGCCCUCUUGCAUCAUCCAAUGAAAAGCUGGAGGAUGUUGGGUCUAAGGAGCCAAUUUCAAGAUUGGAUGAUCUUAUCUUGGAGGUGAUAGCAGGAUUGAAGGAACCACGUGGGUGUAGUCGAACAACAAUUUCUUCAUAUCUUGAGGAACACUUCAUGGCACCUCCAGAUUUUGAAAAGCUGUUAGUGGCAAAUUUGAAGGCGCUGGUUGAAAAUGGAAGACUGAUAAAGGUGAAGCAUCAGUACAGGAUUACACCGAGUAGAGUAUCAUCUUGUGUCGGGGGAAACGAUUUCCCAUUGUUUCUGGAGGGGAAGCAGAAGGAUUCCCCAAAGCUUAAUAACAAUGGAGUUAGAAUACUUACAAAAGCACAAAUUGAUGCAGAGCUAGCCCAAAUGAUGAGCUUGAGUGCAGAGGAGAUUGCUGCAGCUGCUGCACAAGCCGUUGCAGACGCAGAAGCUGAUAUUGCUGAGGCAGAAAGGGCAGCUAGAGAUGCGGAGGAGGCUGAAGCAGAGGCAGAAGCGGCACAAUGCUUUGCUGAAGCAGCAUUGAAGGCAUUGAAUCCACGAACCCUCCGUGUUUGGUAAGCUUAUCUUCUAAGUUUUCUUUUCAUUAAGCAAACAAUCAAUCAACCAUGCUUAAAUCUCAAAUUAUUUUGUGGUUGGAUUAUAAUGUCACCAUCCCUGGGGUUCAAACCAUGAUAGUUCCAAUUUUGAUUUGCCGAAAUCUCCUUGCGUUGGUCCUACGAAGAAAGAACUCAUGUAUAUUCAAAUAUCUUUUUGGUUUUCGAGACUAUUCCACUUCUAGUAUGAAAUCAGCCUUUUGACUUUUAAAUAAUUCAUUACUCGCUUUGUUGGAAAGAAGAAAUUAUCUAGAUAGUAAAAAGAGCAGCUCGGUGCAUGAAGUAUCCCCAUGCACACAGGUCCAGGUAUGUGCCCACACCCUAAGGGCGUGUGAUGUAGGCAAGCUUACCCUGACGCAAAGCAUCAAUGGUUGAUUCCACCGCUCGAACUCGUGACCUACCAGUCACACGAAGACAAGUUUACCGUUGCGCCAAGGCUCUUCCUCAUUUACCUACAUAGUACUAUUUUUGUUUUGGUGUGCGGUGACUGUCGGGUUGAUCAUUUUGCCUAUGAAGUAAAGAAUUAGGUGGCCUGCUGUUUCACUAUCUAUCCUUUUUGUUUUUCAUUUAUACUAACUAUGUUAGAAGUUUCUAUAUCAUUAUACUAGCUGAAAUAAAAACCUAAUGGUUUGGUUGCACAAAAGAUUUUCACAUCUAUUCGCCUCUUUACAAUGUCUUUCUUGUUUAUGCAGAUGAUAUUAUUUGAUUGCCACAGCUAUGGUCUUCAUCUUCCAGCUUAAAUGUCAAUGUGUUGUAGAUAUGUGAAAAGAUUUGUAAAUGUGGAGCAUUGUGUCCAUUGGCAGUGAUCUAAAUAUAUUAUUGAGGUUACAACAAAAUUUACAGGCAAAACAUGGUGCUUUUAUUUUUGUUGAGUUGCAGUACACAUACCCUCUUUUGUAGCCUGUUUUUGGGUGUAAAGUACUGCACAAAGAAAGUUAGUUGA